CUUAGUGAUAAAUCAACAUCCGAUCAAGCAAAAAAGAUUUUCCUUCCAAAUAACAUUUUACGCUAUGAGUUUUCGUUAUUACCUAAAUGUAUCAAAUUGUGCGAUUAAACUGUUGGAUUUAUAUUUUACUGAUUACAACACCUACCCUGCCAUUCUAAUAUUUAUAUUAUCUCACUAAUCUUUCAUCUUUGUGGGUCUGAGCCCUUAAUGGUGGAGGAUGACCCGAGCUACACCUUCGGGCACUACAUUAGGCUCAUGAGUAGAACCAGUGAUCUUAUACAAGCUGGGUGACUUGUUCAAUGGCCAAAGUUGCGCUCAACCCCAUGGAGAUGAAAAAUAAUUGAAAAUAAUUUAGUCAGUUAUCAGAAUGGCAGGUUAGCAGUUUUGAUCAGUGUAGUGCGGGGAUUUUGUCAGUAACAUAUUCAAUUACUCAGCAAGCAAUCAUAUUCCAAUCAAAUUAUACAGGAAUCAUAAUAGCACAACUGCAGCUGGUGAUGCAGUGUUGAUUUAAUAAGUGAUUUUGUCAACGGAUAUUAUACCAUACAAGCUGAGUUGAGUAUGGCAGACCCAAGGCUCCAACCUCAACAGCAGUUUCAUUUGAUCCGUUGCAAGUUAUGUAACAACAUCUACGAGUCUCCGCGGAUACUCGACUGCUUGCACAGUUUCUGUACUGGUUGCCUGCAGUCACAUAUAUCCCAGCCUUCACAAGAGGAUGUGAAAUGUCCAGUAUGCCAGGAACCGACCAAGCUUCCAAUAGAUGGUGUACACGGUCUGAUGUUAAAUACCCUUCUUGUCAGGUUUAUAAAUCAAGCACAGAAAGAUAAAACAACAGUCGUAGCUGGGCGUGAGGUUCUACAGAUGACUCAAGAGGCCCUGACAGAAUCAGAACUCAAAUGUCCCGAGGUAGUGGCAGGAAUACAGGAUAUAGCUAGUACAGCUGGUCAUGUACUUGCCGAUAACCUAGAGGACAACAGUAUGGUGAAUGACCUUGAGAGUAUGAAGGCGAGACAGAGUGUGCAGCAGAAGAUGACCCAGUUACAAGUAAAAGCCAUGGCCAUUGUUCACAGUAUAGAUAAGGUGAACCAAGCUCAUAAAGACUGGGAAAACAGGAGAGCAGCAAUAAGAAAUGCUGUAAAACACAGGUCAUUGGAAAUUCAAGACAGUGUAAGGUGUAUUGAAAGACGUCUUAUAGCCCAACUUGAAGAUCGAGAUAUUCAAAGUGAAAAGAAAAAUAAAGCAUUUACUGUAAAAAAUGAAUUACACAAAAUUUUAAGAACCAGUCUAGGUCUAGUGGACUUCCUUAGACUGGUUUCUGAGUUUGGAGAUCUAGAAGAACUAGAAAAAUACAGUUGCUUGGCAACAGCAAGAGAAGAAAAACUGUACAGUGAAAGAGUUCUGAUGACAGAAAAUGAUUACACUUUUGAGACUCCGAAAGUAGACACAGAGGAGGGACUGGAGAUGAUGUUUGGAUGUUUAUCAGAAAUUACAGAAGAAACUGUCGCCUGGGAUCCUCAUAGACUGACAUUACCAUCUCAUCCCAGGGACAAUGCCAUGCCCGAGUCAGCAGUCAGAUAUCCAAGAACUGGCCCAAGCCUUACAUCAAAGUAUACUGAGGUUGAUGAGAAUGUAGAAUAUGGGGAAGAAAUCAAUGAAGACACUAGUACAGUUAUGUCAAACAGAUUUGCUAAACGGCAGUUUUCGAGUAACCAGGUCAAAGGUCAUCAUCGCCACCCUAUGAAGUCCAUGUCCUUUGAUGCAGCUAUGCCUUCAAGUCCCUACAAUUACAUCAGAAGUGAAAACCAAGAUCUUCAACAACAGAUGCUACAUGCCCAGGAGCCGGAUGUACAUCCCAGAUUUCAAAUUCUUAAUGAACAUGAAACUGAUAAUGACUCAGGUCAAACCAAGGUCAAAGGUCAUGAUUCCGUUCAGUCAGCAAUGCAGUCACUUGAAACCAGUUCUAAAAUCACAGCGCCUGGAGGCUAUAGGUCAAUGGGUAGAAGAGUUUCAGCCCCGCCUUCUCUGCUGAUUGACACCUUAAACAGGCGGCGGCUAAAUGCAUUAUCUAUCCUGGAGAGAGCUAACAUAAAUACUGAGGGAUUAAAUGUAACAAGUGACAUAGAAUCUGGAAUGAAUGAAGCCAGACUUGAGUGGCUUAGAGAAAGUCUCAGAAAGAAGGCUGAAAGAAGCACCUCUCAAGAUGAAGGAGUGUAGAUUUCAUGGAAAACAAUUUCAACAUUAACAAUUAUAAAUUUAAACAUGCUUUCAGUGUGGCAUUCGUUAUAUAUCUACCUAAAAUUACGCAUAUACCAAAUCCAUUUAAAAUCUGUAGAAAUCAAUUCCUAGAUUAAUGUCAACUUUUCUAAGGAAAGAAGAGUGGGAGAUUCAUUUAAAUUUAAUUUUCACGUGUGUUACACUUGAAGCUUAACCUCGAAUGAAAACUUUCUACAGCAGUGAAAUAUAAAAGAAGACAUAAGGCAAUUCUCUGUUGUACAAAUGACCUUAACUAAUUUUUAAGGCAGCAAUUUUCUGGGUAUAAUUUUGAAAAACAUCAUUUCAUAGACCAGAGCAUCAAAAUACUGUCAAACCUGUGUUAAGCAGCCAGCCAAGGGAGCAGCAUAAUCUUGCUGCUAAAGGCAAGUGGCUGCUAAAGAGAGGUUGAAAUUAGAACAGAAAGUCAAUGUAGGAAGUAAACCGAGUGGCUGCUUAAAGCAAGUUGCUGCUUAAUAGAGGUAACUGUAAGGGCAGGUUCAACUGUACAAUAUUAACUGCUAUACAGUAAAACCUGUCUUAAGCAGCCAAAUGACAAGUGACUACUUGA